AUGGAUGGGAUGAAGCCAGCCAUGGAAACUACAGCUGAAGAGAAUCAAGAUGAAAGCCAAGAAAGCAAAGGUUGCUUCGAGUGCUGCAUUAAGUGUCUGGGUGGAGUGCCCUAUGCCUCGCUGGUGGCCACCAUCCUCUGCUUCUGUGGCGUGGCCCUUUUCUGCGGGUGUGGCCACGUGGCUCUGACUGGCACCGUCACCAUGCUGGAGAAUCACUUCUCCCGUGUGCCCGGCGACAAUGCCACACUCAUUGACGUAGUUCAGAUUCUGCAGUACAUCAUCUAUGGCCUGGCCUCUUUCUUCUUCCUCUACGGGAUUAUUCUGUUGGCCGAAGGUUUUUACACCACCAGUGCUGUCAAAGAGAUGCACAGCGAGUUCAAGACCACCGUAUGCGGCCGCUGCAUUAGUGCCAUGUUUGUGUUCCUGACCUACAUCCUGUUCUUGGCUUGGCUUGGAAUUUUCGGUUUCUCCGCGAUACCCGUCUUCCUCUUCUUCAACAUGUGGACCACAUGUUCCGCCAUGAAGUCUCCUGUCGCCAACAUCACCUCCGUAGACAACAUCUGCGUGGACGUGAGGCAGUACGGUGUCAUCCCCUGGUCUGCAGAUCCUGGGAAAGUUUGUGGAGACACACUGGGUGAUGUCUGCAAUACCAGCGAGUUUUACUUGUCCUACCAUCUUUACAUCGUCGCCUGCGCUGGAGCUGGAGCUACUGUUAUCGCACUGAUCCACUACUUGAUGAUCCUGUCGGCUAACUGGGCUUACCUGAAAGGCGCCUGCCAGACCCACGCGUAUCAGGAUAUCAAGACCAAGGACGACCAGGAGCUCCAAGACGUCCAGUCGCGCUCCAAGGAAGGUCUCAAUUCCUACUCAUAA